GGUGACCAUAUUUCAUGUUGCUGUUCGCCAUGUAUAUGUUAACAUAAAUCGUCUAGCAUUAUUCUUCUUAUCUUACAUUAUGAACAAGCCUAAAUCCUUUCAGUAGAGGGUUAGCGACGAUCGCGUCGCGUUACUUGUUUUAUAUCAUAUGACCCUCCCUACAGUCGAGGGAAUAAGACAUGAAUAGAAGUCUUUUGUACAAACUUUUCUUUUCGUAGUGACAAUUGUAUAAAAGACUUCUAUUCGUGUCUUAUAUUUUAAAGAUGCAUGAACUUUUAUUUCUUUAAAUAAAUAUUUUCGUUUGUUAGAAAUUUAACUUCUGUUUUGUCAAAAACAAAAUGAGACCUUUUGAUUAGAAUGUGCUGAAAUAUUACAAAAAACUGACUGCGCACUUUCUUAGGUUAUUAAAAUUUUGUUCAUCGCUCAAGGAUAAUGGAUUUAUCUUGCAUCUGAUAAAUAUUCUAUCGAAAUCUUCUCGAGUUUUCGUCACUCACUCUGAAGUCCAGAUUAUUCUAAUACCUAUGGGCAAAUAUGUAAUUAAUUAAAGUUGUGAUUUAUAAUAAUCUCGAUGAACAAGGAAAGAAUAAUUUUGAUUAAUGUGUUAGCAUCAGAUAUGUAUGUGAUAAUGAAGAUUAGAUUUUUAAGAAAAAUGAAUGAAUUGGUACGAAAAAUGAAAAAUUCUAGUGGAUAAAUACUACAGAUAAAAAAAUGUUCAUGCUUUGGUUUAUUUUAUCGAAAAAAAAUGGAACAGUUACACUAUUGAUGUACUUUCAACAUCUAUUCAUGGUUCAGAUUAUUUUUUCUCAUUCUUUAACUGUCGUCUGGCGUAGAUAAAUAAAAAUCUAUUGCUACAAAAUUAACAGAACAGCUAAGUUUUUUAUUGGGUUAAGAGAUUUUGUUGUUCACCUAACUCUUCAAAUUGUCGACUUAUCUCUCCACGAUGCUCCUUAUAGUGUCUUAUAUGGAAACGUUUGCCAUAAUCAUUACAAGUGUGCGUAGCAAUUGAAUCUUUUGUUUGACUAAUAUACUUUUGUGCAAAUGCAACAAGAACGUGACUUAUCAUAUUUUGCUGUCAUGUCGAGAGAUAAAUGAAGUAUUUUGCUUGCUUUUGAAGAUCUGAGGGUCGUUUUGAUUAUGAGUAAUAAGAAGAGCAACAGCAGAGUUUGUUUCUUUCGCUAUUCACUCAUGCAUGAAAUGAGUCAGAUUUUUUUAUGUUGGAAAAAACCAAGACAAAUUUGGAGUGAAGCUCUCGAGAGAGGGCAGCUUAAGCUACAACUGAGAAAAACAUACCUGCUGACUCAGCAUCUCUGCAUUUUAGACGGGAAUAGAAUUCAUCUCUUUUUGAACCUCGUGGGUCAGAAAUAAAGCACAGGUAUUACUUAACAUUCAAAAAGCCUUGAUAAACUGAUUGGAACAGCUAGAAUAAAAUAUCAAUUUCUUCUCUAUAAUUUGGAAUGGCACAAAAUGGACUUAAAAUGUCAGCAAUAUACCAUCAGAAGAAUGACUCAACGGUUGAAACUAUGAAAGUUGGAACAAUGAUUGGAACUUGUGGGUAGAGCAAGUAAAAACCGAGAAAAAGCUCGAAAAAUCAGAAAUUGAAAGUGUUGUUUGUUUGCUACAAGUUGUUACUCAUAAAAAGCUGCAGACACACAGAAGCUUCCUGGCUUUUUGCAUGUCAGCUUUUCUUCCGGAGAGAAAUUCAGCUAUCUCGGUAGAUUAUGCUUGAAAAAAACCUUGUCAUGGAAGCUGCUAAUAGUACUAAAAUGAUGAAACUCCGUCAGUAUAUAAACAUAAAAUGUUAUGUGCAAGUGAGUAAAAACAAGUCAGACUAAAAUCUUGUCCAGUACAUUUUAAGAUCCUAUCGGAAUUUUUCAAGAUUUUGUGCGGUAGACUUAAGACAUUGUCAAGAAAAGGGGAGGGAGUAGUGGUAAACUUUAUCUUAAAAACUGAGUUUUCUAGUAUAAACUGAAACUCCGUACCUUUCGUAUAUAUAGACGAAGUUUCACAAAACCGUAGAAAUGUUAUCAGUCGUAUCAGUAUUUCGCACGUCUCUCACUCAUUACAGAAACUAAGUGACUCACACCUGAAUGAUUAUAUCAUCAGUGUUUUUUAUACUGACUAAUCGAAAUAUUUUUUCUUCUGUUCUGUACUUCCUCUAAUAAACCAGAUUAAAUAGACCAUGACGAAAAUACAAUUUCUUUUAGUUUAAGUUUCGCGUAUUUUAAAACCAAGGUAAAUCGAAAACGAAAGGACAAUCAGCCAGUGAAAAUGGGCAAGUUUCUUCUUCAUCUUCUUCUAUUUUUCGCAGUGUGCUUUUUAUCACAUAAUGCGAAAAAAGUUGGCUGUCGUUCUUACGAGCAAACCGGACAAGUGGUUGCUGGUGGUAAUGGUUAUGGAUCUGCGUUAAAUCAAUUCUUCACUGACCGAUUUUAUCUUGACGAUUCAAAAAAUCUGUAUCUUCUUGAUCGAUCUUCUUUCUACACAUGUGAAUGGCGUUUUCUCUUAUGGUCAGCGAAUAGUUCACAAGCAAGGCUUAUUAGUAAUGCUUGUAUCAAUGGCGCAUCUUCAUCUUUACAAGAUGUGCUAGUGUCACCAGAUGGUAAAUAUAAAAUUACUGGAUUAGGUAUUGGCAAUGACGUAGUUUCUCAAGUUCGACUUGUCAAUGGACAGAAUGGCUUCAUGCUCUGGUCACCAGCGAUUGUAGAUAAUGAUAAGAAUAUUUACGCUUUUGGAUAUGCUGCGAGUAGUGGUCGUUAUGAGCUGCGAAAAUGGACACCAGCUCGUAAUAGUCCUCAAGAUGGAAUUUUGAUCGAUUCAGAUCGAUCUAUAUGGGGAAUAUCUGAUUUUUUUGUUGACAGUAAAGGAUCUGUGUAUACAGUUGGUCCAAAUUACGUUGUUGUAAGGAAAUGGACAGAUGGUGAGAUCACCUAUCUAACACGAAAUCCAAAGCUGAACCAUCCCACAUCAGUACUGGUCGAUAGCGAAGAAAAUAUUUAUAUCGGUGAAUUGAAUCAAAUCACUGUAUGGCCAGCAAAAUCAAACGAGAGUUUUCCAGUUGUAAAGGUUAAUCAAUCAAAUGGUCUCGUAUUCAACAAUAAUUAUAAAAACAUUAUACAAAUGGAUAACAACGGAUCCCUCUAUCUUCUUUCUACUGACCGCGCAGUUUUUGGAACCAAGAUAUUAAAGUAUCAAUGCAACAGUGAGUAG